UUUGCCUCUCGGUGCGUUUGAGCCUCCCCAAGUGCAGGUUCCCACAGUCCAGAGCUCCCAGCACGGGAAAACAGGCACUGUCCUUUCACCAUCUGGCCUGUCUCCCAGGCCAGGGCAGCUUCCAGACACUCGUCGCUCGGAUAAAAUCGCAGCCCACGCCGGCGAACGAAGGCAGUCAGUCCGGGAAAGGCGACCGCAGCAGCACCAUGCCGAUGACCCUGGGAUACUGGAACGUCCGCGGUCUGACUCACCCCAUCCGCCUGCUCCUGGAAUACACGGACUCGAGCUAUGAGGAGAAGAGAUACACCAUGGGGGACGCUCCUGACUAUGACAGAAGCCAGUGGUUGAAUGAGAAAUUCAAGCUGGGCCUGGACUUUCCCAAUCUGCCCUACUUAAUUGACGGGACGCACAAGAUCACCCAGAGCAACGCCAUCCUGCGCUACAUCGCCCGCAAACACAACCUGUGUGGGGAGACAGAAGAGGAGAGGAUUCGUGUGGACAUUCUGGAGAACCAGGUUAUGGACACCCGCAUGCAGCUCAUCAUCCUCAGCUAUAGCCCCGACUUUGAAAAACAGAAGCCAGAGUACUUGGGGGGCAUCCCAGAGAAAAUGAAGCUCUACUCUCAAUUUCUGGGGAAGCGGCCAUGGUUUGCAGGGGACAAGAUCACCUUUGUGGAUUUCUUGGCUUAUGAUAUUCUUGACCAGCACCGGAUAAUCGACCCGAAGUGUCUGGAAGCAUUCCCCAAUCUGAAGGACUUCCUGUCUCGCUUUGAGGGCCUGAAGAAGAUCUCUGCUUACAUGAAGAGCAGCCGCUUCCUCCCCAAGCCUAUAUUUUCAAAGAUGGCCCGUUGGCAAAACCAGUAGGACCCUGUCGUGCUGAUCUUCACAGGGAGGAUCUGGUGGUGCACCUGCUGGCUCCAGGCUCGGCUGGCUCCCGCACUACUGCUCUGUCUUCUUCUAUUCCUCUCUUCUAUUUCCUUCUCUACAAGGUCUUAUCGACCCCCUAACUCUUACCAAGCCCCUGCCUCAGUCAAGCCUAUGUAACCUGUAUCUCCCCCUUUCUUUUGGCAAGUCUCUUUCCUCCCCUUCUUUGUGCCCCAAACCCAACCACCGAGACCUUAUCUAUCUAUUAUUUGUAGACCCCACCCUUCACAGACAAAGACCAAUCCUGUAUUGAGUGCAAGGCCUUGUCCUGGGUAUAGGAGCUUCCCCAGCCCACUCUGACCCCCAAUAAAGCCUGAACAUAGUUAUUAAA